GGCUCGGAUCAUUCAGGAAACUCUGAUGAUGAUGAUGAUGAGGAGGAGGAGGAGGAAAGUGAGGAGGAGGAGGAGGAGGAGGAGGAUGACGAGGAUGAGGACGAAGACGUUGAGCUGCCUUCUGACCUUUCGGACGGCGACGACAUGGACGAUCUAGAUCCAAGUACGCUCGACGGUUUGGACGCAUUCGUCGAUCGACUCACGGCAUCUUCCAAGGAUAAGGACGGGAAAGCUACCUCAUCAGAGCCCGUUGCGCCUGAGAAGAAGCGUCGUGUGUUGGAGACUAUCCCCGGUCCAGCCCUUGAUGGUAAUGAACUUGGGCUAAAGAGCCGUCAAAAGCUCGAUUUAUCUACCUUGAUCGCUUCUCAUCCAUCUCUGUCCUCCGCCUCUGCCCUCUUGCCGACCAAGACCAAGCCGAAAGACUCCUACAAGACUGGAUCCAUCCUGAAACAAGGGACUUUAUCUGCUCCUCUCCCCACGUCUGUACAAGACCGACUGAACCGAGAAGCGGCCUACGAAGCGACCAAGGAAGAAGGAGCGAAAUGGGCAGGCGUGAUGAAACGGAUCAAAGAAGCGGAGCACCUGUCUUUCCCACUUCAAGCGGAGGAGCGUGGCGGCGUUAAGAGUUCAGGUGCACUUUUAUCAGAAUAUAAACCUCGACAAGGUCUCGAAUCCGCUGUUCAAUCUUUACUCGCUCGUGCCAAUCUGACCCAAGAUGGGAUCACAAAGAGGGAGAAUGAAGCGCUCGAAUCGCAAGAAUUGAGCGUGGAAGAGAUGGAAGAGAGGAGGAAGAGAUUGAGGGAACAGAGAGAGUUGAUCUUUCGUGCUGAGACGCGAGCGAAACGCGUGGCAAGGAUCAAGUCAAAAACAUUUCGAAAGCUCGCCAGGAAACGAGCUGCCAAAGCUGCUGGAGCUGAGGAUCUGGACGAAACGUUGGAAAGUAUGGAUGCGGAGGAUCGAGCGGAGGCUCUGGAGAAGGCUGAAAUGGAUCGAGCGAGAGAGAGAGCGACGCUCAAACAUGGUGCUAGGACCAGUCGGUGGGCCAGACAAGCUGGUGGGAGUGGGAUGGGCAUGACUGGAGAGGAAGGAAGGAUAGCCAAAGAAGAUAUGUUGGAGAUGAAGAGAAAACUGUCGAGGCGGAUACAGGGCAGAGGUGAUGAUAGUGGCGGCAGUGACGAUAGUGACGAGGAGGGAGAUGAGGACAAUGAGAAUGAGGAGGAGGAGGAGGAGGGAGGUGAAGAAGCGAUCAAGAGACGGGCAUUUGAUCAACUGGCAAAAGUGGCUAAUGGAUCGAAUGGAGAUACCGCCGAGGCGUCCGGCUUGAUGGGCAUGGCAUUUAUGAAGAAGGCUGAACAGAGGCAGAAGCGAAAGGCAGCGGAGGAGGAAGAAUCUCUCAAGCGGGAUAUUGAGAUGUUUGGAGAUCUCGACGAAGUCGAUUCGCAGGGAUCAAAUGAGGAGGACGAUGGAACCAUGAUGAACGUCGGAGGCACAGGUGGACGUAUGGUGUUCUCCGGUCCAUCGCGAUCCUCCCAAUCUUCAGGCAUCCAGAAACCUCCCCUACCUCAAACUUCUGCUGUUUCAGGCGAUACUUCGAAGCCAAAAGUCCGAUUCGAGUCUUCUUGGACAGCCAAUCAAGAGGAUGAACAAUUGAACCCUUGGCUCGCGCAACCCACGUCCUCCAUUGGCCCUUCACGAAAGCGUCAACAUGGUAUCGGUGCAAACUCCUCAGCCGCGGACAAAACAGUACAGUCUUUGAAGAAGGCUGUCAAGGGAUCGUCAACAGCCGAAGAUGACAGUCGUGUUGAGAUUUCUCUAAACCCAGACGCACAGCCUGGUCAGCAAGAUGGUGAUGAAUCGGGUGGAGACGAGAGUGAUGGGGAUCGCAUGGGAACUGUACCUCGUAAAAGGGUUCGAUUGGGGCAGAGAGACCUGGUCGCGGAGGCAUUUGCGGGUGACAACGUCGUCGAGGACUUUGCAGCUGAAAAGGCACGAACGAUCGAAGAGGACGCUCCAAAAGUAGAAGAUACAACUCUUCCAGGAUGGGGAUUAUGGGGCGGUAAAGGUCUGAAGAAACGGAAAUCCAACCCUUCGAGAUUAGUCACGAAACCCGGUAUAGACCCCCUCACGCGACAAGAUGCCAAGAGAGACAAUGUGAUCAUUUCUGAAAAGAAGGACAAAAAGGCAUCCAAGUACCUCGUCAAGGAUUUGCCUUAUCCGUAUACUUCCAAAGCGCAGUACGAAAAGAGGUUUGAGAAUCCACUGGGGGCCGAAUGGAAUUCUAGGAGUGGGCAUCAAAGAGAGACCUUGCCGAGGGUCGUCAGGAAGCCUGGUGCAAUCAUUGAGCCUGUCAGGAGGUUGUUCUGAGGAGGACGAGGUGACGAUCGCUGGGAAAAACGUGCAGCGUCUUCUGGUAGAUUUUCCCGUCACUCGUGUGUGCUUUGGUGAUAGCAGCUUCACAUCGCCAGGUGUGGGGUAAUGUGGCGGACGGUGGCGAAAGCCAUGCGUCUUACACCCAUUGUGCUUGCAUAUUGUGUGAACCGUAUCUAUGUACAAACGAUUGCCU